AUGACACUAGAUUUAAAGGAUAAAGGGUGUUUACUAUGGCAUAGAAACUCAGUGGGUACGCUGAUUGAAAAAGGAGUUACAGGCAUUUGCUUUGCAGUUUUCUUUUAAAACAUGACAUUCUACUUAGACUGCGAUACCUAUAGAAGUAAAAUUGUAAUAGUAUAAUCCAUUAGAAGCAUUAGAGUUGACAGCCAAAUUUAUAUUGAUGCCUCUCUAAUGUUGAUUCCAACUGCACUUAUUAUUGCGGCCUAUAAUUUCCAAGAGUUAUGGUCUAAAUUCAAACCAAACGAUAAAAACACCUGUCUUGAUGAAAAAGCCUCUAUAAUAAUAGCAUUUGCUUCAUUUAUGCUUGCUCUUGUUAUGAUAUUCCUAAUAUUCCUUUAUUUGUCUAAUCCUUCUGAAGAGAAACUUGUUGUUGCUUUUGGUCUGACAAUAGCAUUUUUAUUUACUAAAAUCAUUGAGUUUGGGUAGAUGUUUGAGUCUUUAUUUUUUGAGCAUCUGUAUGUAGAACAAAAUCAUGAUUAGAACCCAGUAAGGAAAUCUCCUUACACUAGAACUUUCUACAAGCGUAGGACUAGAGAAAGCAACUAAAAUGAACCUAUAAAUAUAACUUGUGAUAUUGAUGAACAUAGUGUCAGUAAAAAAUUGAAUAAAAUAAGUGAGGAAAAGAAAAAUAAUGCUUUUGAUUUCAAGAAAGAAGGUAACUCUAAUUUGCUAUAAGAUAUGAAGGAUUAGUUUCGAGGAGUAAAGGAGUAGCUUAAUUGCUUUCGACACCAAGCAAGAAUGCCUGAGAAAGAAAACCCUGUGAGUGGCCUCGACUUUGACCUUAGUGAACCUCUUAUAUUUAAAAAUAUCAAAUAUUGA